AUGGAAGCUGCUCUCGCAGCAUGCACUGUUCCAUCGCCCCGAAUCCAUAAACCUAAAUCUCGACUCAGAAGCUUCUUCCCCAAUCACAGACCCAUUUCUCCAAACUCCCUUAUCUUCAAAUCCCCACCGCCGAAAUCAAAACCCAAUCGAAUCGCAACCGCAGUGUCAUCACCAACCGUAACCCCAGCGAAUUCGCCGCCGGAAUCUGAAACCGGAUCCGAGUCCGGGUCGAAAAAGUUCGACUGGUACGCGAAUUGGUACCCAGUGAUGCCAAUUUGCGAUCUGGACAAAAAGGUUCCACACGGGAAGAAAGUUAUGGGGCUUGAUUUGGUGGUUUGGUGGGACAGGAACGAGAAGCAGUGGAAAGUGAUGGAUGACACGUGUCCUCAUCGUCUUGCUCCGUUGUCCGAUGGAAGAAUCGAUCAAUGGGGGAGAUUGCAGUGUGUCUACCAUGGAUGGUGCUUCAACGGAUCCGGCGAUUGCAAGCUCAUACCUCAAGCACCUCCCGAUGGACCUCCGGUCCACUCUUUCAAGCAAGCGUGUGUAGCUGUUUACCCAAGUACUGUGCAGCAUGAGAUCGUUUGGUUUUGGCCAAACAGUGAUCCAAAGUACAAGAAUAUCAUCGAGACGAAGAAGCCUCCUUACAUUCCAGAGCUAGAAGACCCUUCCUUCACUAAGUUGAUGGCGAAUCGAGACAUUCCUUACGGGUACGAUGUAUUGGUGGAAAACCUCAUGGACCCGGCUCAUGUUCCCUAUGCACAUUACGGUCUAAUGCGGAAUGUUGACAGAGAAGGAGGGAAACCACUCGAGAUUACAGUGAAAAGGCUAGACAAGGAAGGGUUCUUUGCAAAACAAGAAUGGGGAUAUUCUAAUUUUAUCGCACCAUGUGUGUAUCGCUCUUCCACAGAGCCUUUACCUGAGCAGGAAAACGAUUCUGUCACACCACCUGCAUCUGACAAGGCCGCAUUGUCGAAGCGCAAACUUUCCUUGGUCUUUAUAUGCAUUCCAGUCAGUCCAGGUCACAGUAGGUUGAUAUGGACGUUCCCUAGAAAUUUUGGUGUAAUUAUUGAUAAGAUUGUUCCUAGAUGGGUGUUCCACAUUAAUCAGAACAAGAUUCUAGACUCAGAUUUGCACCUUCUUCAUGUCGAGGAGCGGAAGAUACUGGAGAGAGGGCCUGAAAACUGGCAGAAAGUUUGCUUUGUCCCUACUAAAUCAGACGCUCUCGUGGUUACGUUCAGGAGAUGGUUCAACAACUACAGUGGCUCUCAAGUCGAUUGGAGAGGAAAGUUUGAUCCAUAUCUUCUUCCUCCAACGCCUCCUCGAGAACAGCUCUUGGACAGGUAUUGGUCGCAUGUCGAGAACUGCAGCAGCUGCAAGAAAGCUCACAAAUACCUCAACGCGCUUGAGGUGUUCCUGCAAAUCGCAUCGGUUGCUUUGAUCGGAGUAAUGGCAGUGACGAAGCAAAUCACAAUGCCUAACGUGGCAAGAGUCGUGGUGGUUGUGGCAGCUGUUUUAAGUUUUGCGGCUUCGAAGUGGCUAUCACACUUCAUCUACAAGACAUUCCAUUACCAUGACUACAACCAUGCUCUUGUUUGA